CAUGUUUCUUACGUUGAGCGUCGUGUUGAGUCUGGCAGCUGCCUCUCUGGCCGCUCCGUCACAGCCUCCCUACGGAUACUCUCCUCCUCCCUCCUACCAGUCUCCAGCUCAGUACAACUUCGACUGGGUCGUGAAGGACGACUACUCCGCCAACGACUACGGCCACCAGGAGUCCCGCGACGGCUACAACACACAGGGAUCCUACUACGUGCAGCUUCCCGACGGUCGCCUGCAGAAGGUCACCUACCACGUGGACGGCGACUCAGGCUACGUGGCCGAGGUCACUUAUGAGGGACAGGCUCAAUACCAAGCCCACCAACCUUCCUACCAUCCUACACCUUCAUACCAACCUACACCUGCAUACCGACCUACUCCUUCAUACCACACCACCCCUUCAUACCAUCCAACAACUUCGUACAGACCUACUCCAUCUUACAGGCCAAGACCUCACCACUGAAAAGUUAAUUUGUGUAACAUAUAUAAAGCAUAUCCAUAUUUACCAUUUCAGAAUAAAUAUAUAAUGAUA